AAAAACCCACACGGCGGAAGGGCAAAAGAGAGCGAGAAAGUGAUAAGGUUCGUGGGCGCGUCGCCACCCUCUCGUCUCGUCUCCCGCCCCGUUCCCGUCCCACGCCGUCGCGCCUCCUCCUCCUCCUCCUCCCACAUCCACCUCGAGAUGCUCGCGUGCCCCGCCGCGCUCCACCUCCUCCUCCCGGCGCCGCCGCCGCCGUCGCACCAGCACCAGCACCACCACGUCGCCUUCCCCGCGCCGCCGCUCCACGCCUCGCUCCCGUGCUCGCGCCGCGCGCGGAGGAGAGCGCCCAGGCCAAGGCAUGGCGUCGCCAGGGCCUCCGCCGCAGUGGCGGAGGAGGCCAGUAGCUCCGGACCGGCCAAGUUCUCCGUGAGGAUCCCCGUUGGCGACCGCGAGAUAUUGGUGGAAACGGGCCACAUUGGGAGGCAAGCGAGCGCUUCUGUAAUGGUCACCGACGGUGAAACGAUUCUCUACUGUUCUGUCUGUCUGGCGGAUACUCCAAACGACCCUGCUGACUUUUUCCCUUUAUCGGUUCACUAUCAAGAGCGCCUUUCAGCUGCUGGAAGAACUAGUGGUGGUUUCUUCAAACGAGAAGGCAAGACAAAAGACCAUGAGGUUUUGGUUUGCAGAUUGAUAGACAGGCCCCUACGACCUACUAUGCCUAAGGGUUUCUACUAUGAAACUCAAAUUCUAUCCUGGGUCUUCAGUUAUGAUGGCAUUCACUCCCCGGACUGCUUGGCUAUCACAGCUGCUGGUAUAGCCGUGGCCCUCUCUGAAAUUCCAAAUAAACAAACAAUUGCUGGAGUAAGAAUUGGCCUGAUUGACGACCAGUUUGUUGUUAAUCCAACUACUGAACAGAUGGAGAACUCAGAGUUAGAUUUGAUGAUGGCUGGGACUGAUAGUGCCAUUUUGAUGAUUGAGGGCUACUGUGAUUUUCUGACUGAGGAGAAGCUGCUUGAAGCUGUGGAAGCUGGGCAGGUGGCAAUUAGAGAAAUCUGCAAAGCAAUUGAUGUUCUCGUCCAGAGUUGUGGGAAGAAGAAAAUGGUCGAUGCUAUCAGCCUACCGCCUCCUGAACUCUACAGGCAUGUUGAAGAUAUUUCUGGAGAUGAGUUGGUGAAGGCAUUACAAAUAAAAGGAAAGAUUCCCAGAAGAAAAGCUCUUUCAGCAUUGGAGGACAAAGUUAUAAGUAUACUUUCUGAACAGGGUUAUGUUUCCAAAGAUGCCUCAUCUGGAGUCACUGAAAGUUUGGCUGAUAUUGUUGAGGAUGAGGAUGAGGAUGAAAUUAUAGUUGAUGGAGAAGUAGAUGAAGGUGAUGUUCACAUCAAGCCGGUUUCAAGGAAGCCCCCUCCUCAGCUAUUUGCAGAAGUUGAUGUCAAGCUAGUCUUCAAGGAAGUUUCAUCUAAAUAUUUACGAAGGCGGAUUGUAGAGGGAGGGAGGCGAAGUGAUGGACGGAGUCCUUGGGAACUUCGACCCAUUAAUUCUCAGUGUGGUUUACUUCCAAGAGCUCAUGGUAGUGCUCUGUUCACGAGGGGAGAAACACAGUCACUGGCUGUGGUCACUUUAGGUGGCUAUCAGAUGGCACAACGAAUUGACAACCUUGUUGAUACAGAGGAUUCAAAAAGCUUCUAUCUUCAGUACUCAUUUCCUCCAUCAUGUGUUGGCGAAGUUGGUCGAAUUGGAGCACCUAGCCGGAGAGAGAUUGGGCAUGGGAUGCUUGCAGAAAGGGCACUGGAGCCAAUUUUACCUCCAGAAGAGGAUUUUCCGUACACUAUUCGUGUCGAGAGUACUAUCACUGAAAGUAAUGGUUCGUCCAGCAUGGCUUCUGUUUGUGGAGGUUGUUUAGCACUUCAAGAUGCUGGGGUUCCUAUAAAGUUUCCUGUUGCUGGAAUUGCAAUGGGCCUGGUCCUUGAUACACAGGAAUUUGGUGGAGAUGGUAGCCCACUUAUACUUUCUGAUAUUACUGGAGCUGAAGAUGCCUCUGGUGACAUGGAUUUGAAGAUUGCUGGUAAUGAAAGUGGCAUAUCUGCAUUUCAGAUGGACAUUAAGGUAGUCGGGAUAACUCUACCUGUGAUGGAGCAAGCACUCUUUCAAGCUAGGGACGGGAGACAGCAUAUUCUGAAUGAAAUGUCAAAAUCUUCACCUCCACCAUCAAAAGCACUAUCUCCGUAUGCUCCCUUAAUUCAUGUUAUGAAGGUCAAACCUAACAAGGUGAAUUUAAUAAUUGGUUCUGGUGGAAAGACAAUAAAAAGCAUAAUUGAGGAGACUGGAGUAGAUGCUAUUGAUACUGGAGACGAUGGCACGGUAAAAAUUACUGCAAGAGACCUAUCAAGCUUAGAGAAGUCAAAAACUAUAAUAGCUAACCUUACCAUGGUUCCAAAAGUCGGAGAAAUAUACAGGAAUUGUGAGAUCAAGUCAAUAGCUCCAUAUGGUGCUUUUGUUGAAAUUGCUCCAGGGCGUGAGGGUUUAUGUCAUAUCAGCGAGUUAAGUUCAGGCUGGUUGGCCAAGGCUGAGGAUGCUUUUAAAGUUGGAGAUCGCAUAGACGUCAAGCUUAUUGAGAUAAAUGAUAAAGGUCAACUACGGUUAAGUUCCCGAGCUUUGCUUCCUGACGCGGAUUCAGAAUCCAACAGCGGUUCAACAAAAGAAAAGGCACCGCAAAAAGAUGAUGCCAUCAAGAUGACAUCGAGGAGACCCAGGCGCAAGAGACAGUCUGAGCCAUUUGGAGCUGAAAAUGCCACAAUAAAGACUCUUGAGAAAAGUGCUGCGGCUCCAGCUGGUUCAAAGGGCAGUGAAGUUGGGAAGUAGGAAAACGACGGUGACUUGUGCCUUAAUCAGACGAUUGCUUCACUUGACUGGUCAAGUUAAGGGAUACACACAUCAAUUGACUAUAUGAUUGUCAUCGGGCAUGACAAAGAAUUCCAACAUGAGGCAUAACUGUCUAAACCGGAUUACAAUGAAGAAGAUUUGAUCGACCUUGAUGUUAGACAGGUAGCGUGCCUGCUUUGCGGUACAGGACGUAUGCGCCCAUCCGGCAAUAAUGGUGCCCAGGACUAGAUCGUCACCUUGAUUAGCGGAACGGAUCGGCGUAACAGCCAUGGAAACUUGAUUGUAAUCUCCAGGAUAGUAUGUUUACCUUUGUGUUGUACUCCUAAGUAAUAACCUUUUGUACUACUACAUAUUCUUGCCGAUCCCGCCAAUGCAAACUAGUGCGUAACGUGAUUAGCCAA